ACCAAAUUCAACAUUCCUUUAAAAUCAUACAGUAUAUUAUAUUAUGAUUUAUAAAAUGCGAUUAUUUACUUUAUUCCUUCUCAAUAUAAUAGCGACGACAGCAUUUCCAAUUGAUAUAACGUCAAAUCAUUUAAGAAAGAGAAAUAUCCUCGACGAUAAAUUUGUUCUUACAAUACUUAAAUGGGCCAUUAUUUUUGUCGUCGUUUUUUUAAUGUCAGCGUGUUGUGUUUGUAGACGAAAACGUGUAAAAAAUAAUGAAAAUGGAAAUGAUCCGGUCAAUUCAUAAUGAUCCGGUUAAUAAUUUGAUCACUCAUUCACUUAAAUAGUUUAAAUUACUGUUUAAUAUGAUAAAAAAAAAAAAAGAAAAGAAAAAGAAACAGGUUUUCUUUAACAAUAAUUUAUAAAAUAUUUCUUUCUUAG